CCCAGGAUCAAUGUCUUCUGGAUAGUACCGACCCCACCGACCCCCUGGCCUAUGUGAACCAGACCUGCCGUCAGGGUAACAUGCCCUCCUACUACCUGGAGGUCACCGAUGCCAACGAUGUCAAGGAGGCCAUGCAAUACUCCAACUGCUCCGGUACCCGCCUCUCCAUCAAGAACAGCGGCCACGAUUACCUCACCCGCAGCAGCGGCAAGGGUACCCUGUCCCUGUGGACGCGCAAGUUGCAGAAUCUCACCUACAGCCCGGCCUUUGUCCCCUCCGGCUGUCAGACCAGCUACAAGGCCAUCACGGCCGGCGCCGGUGUCAACUUCGACGAGGCGUACGAAUUUGCCCACCAGAACAACGUGACCAUCCUGGGUGGCUACUCCCCCACCGUUGGCCUCUCCGGCGGUUGGGUCAUGAACGGUGGACAUUCUGUUCUCUCGCCUGUGUACGGUCUCGGUGUGGACCGCGUCGUGCAGUACAAGAUUGUCACCCCCGAUGGCCAGCUGCGUAUCGCCAACGAGUGCCAGAACGAGGAUCUCUUCUGGGCCCUGCGUGGUGGCGGUGGGGGCACCUUUGGUGUCGUUCUGGAGAGCUCGCACCGCGUCGAGCCCACCAUCAGCUUCGUCGCUGCGAUCAUCAAGUUCACCAGCAACUCCACCAACGUCCUUCCUUUCAUGGACAUCAUUGUCAACAACACCGUCAAGUGGUCUCAGGAGGGCUGGGGUGGCCACAUCACCGGCGACACCUUGGUCAACGUGUCCCCUCUGCUCUCCGUCGCCGAGGCCGAGGAGUCCCUCGCGGACGUUAUCGCGUACGCGAAGGCCCAGGGCGGCUCUGCCACCGUAGAGAACUUCUCCUCCUGGUACUCCUUCUACGAGAAGUACGUCACCUCCAGCUCGGUCAGCGUGGGUGUCACCCACUUCGCCGGUAGCCGUCUGGUUCCCCAGUCCGUGUUCGAGACCGCCGAGGGUCGCGCCGACCUGAUGGACUUCUUCAAGCUCCUCCUGGCCAACGGCCAGACCCCCUACAUCCCCGUUGUCGGACCUGUGCUGUACAACUACACCGAGGGCUCGACCAGUGCGUCUCCCGCCUGGCGUCAGGCCAUCUGGGAGCUCGGCUCCGGCAGCACCUGGGCGUGGAACAGCACCCUGGAGACCCGCGAGGAGAAGAUUGCCACCCUUCAGAAUAUGACCGCGACUCUCGAGCGCAUCACCCCCGGCAGCGGUGCGUACAGCAACGAGGCCAACGCCUUCACCGAGGACUGGCGCGAGGCCUGGUGGGGAGACAACUAUGACACCCUGCUCUCCAUCAAGAACAAAUAUGACCCCACGGGUAUGCUGAGCUGCUGGAAGUGCAUUGGCUGGGAGGAAUCCCAGGCCAACAGCACCUGUUUUGUGGCCUUCCCGUGAAGCCCGCGACGCGGCCCCGACACUGCGUUGAUUUCUAAUACCACGUUCCACAUUAGUUAGACCAUACAUUGCUAUUUAAUCCUGAAACACACCUUCGCUUCACUGUACCAUAAAGCCUACCUCCUCAUGCCAAACGGGGCUCAGACCUUCCAUGCUUUCUUCACUCCCUUGUAUGUUCUUCCUACGCCCCAU